AUGAUCCCUUCGUUCCCAUCUCCGCGCAGAGCUACCUAUGUCUCCAUGGGAUGUGGGAUCUAUGUACUUGGAGGAAUGAUAGACCCCAUGACGACAUCAUCGGGUGUCUCCUUCCUGGAUUGUCGGACUCACACGUGGAGCCAGCUCCCCUCCAUGAGAUUUGCUCGCCGUGAAGCCAAGGCAGGUGUCUUAGACGGUAAGAUAUACGUCAUGGGAGGCUGCGUUGGUGCAGACUGGGGCGACGACAAUCCAGAGGUUUUUGAUCCAAAGACGCAAACUUGGAGCAGUGUGUGUAUACCUGAUCCUCCGGUGAUGAACAAGGAGGUUUGCAAGGUGGUUGGGCCGGAUAAGGAUUAUUAUUCCUUCAAAUUUUGGAGUGAAGAAGAAAGUAAUGUCGAUGGCAUUACUGAUACCUCAAGCAUCAAAUCGACUUAG